AUGCGUUUCUCAUCCUCGAUAGCACCGUUAUGGCAUCACUUGUCGUUAUCGCUGAUACUUGCAAAUCUUGUGUUUCCCGCUGUUAGUCAACUUGUGGCCAGUCCUAGCUUGUUGACCCCUUUAUUUCCACUCCAACAAAAUGAGAACACAACGGAUCUCUUCCCAAUGCCAGCGUGCGCUGGAACCUUCAAGCUGGAAGAAGCAACCAUCGACCAGAUGCAGAAGGCCAUGGAGAAUGGCAUCCUAACAUCUCAGCAACUAGUGAUGUGCUACAUGCAGCGGACAUUCCAAACUCAGGAGUACAUCAGCUCCGUCAUGCAAUUGAACCCGGACGUCCUAACCAUUGCGGCUAAAAUGGAUGAACUACGAAAAGUAGGCCAAGUUCUCGGCCCUCUCCAUGGAAUCCCUUUCACUGUCAAAGACAAUAUUGCGACAAAAGACAGCAUGGAAACAACUGCCGGGAGCUAUGCACUACUGGGAAGUAUCGUACCUCGCGAUGCCUUCGUUGUUGCUCGUUUGAGGGCAGCAGGAGCUGUACUAUUUGGUAAAGCGACGAUGAGCGAAUGGGCUGAUAUGCGGAGUACCGGGUACUCAGAAGGCUAUUCACCGAGAGGUGGACAGCCGCGAAGUCCUUACAGCCUGAUAUACAAUCCCAUGGGCAGUAGCUCUGGCAGUGCAGUAGGAGUGGCUGCUAAUGCGAUCGCCUUCUCUCUCGGCACAGAGACGGACGGUAGUGGUGAGGCACUUCUUGCUAGUUGCCAGUUCCAUAACGAUCAGUUUGCUGACAUGGGAAUAGUCAUUAGUCCUGCUCACAAGAAUGCGGUGGUAGGCAUCAAGCCGACAGUCGGACUGACUUCACGGGACGGUGUCAUACCGGAGUGCGAACACCAAGACACAGUCGGUACCUUUGGUCGAACUGUCAGGGACGCCGUGUACGCCCUUGACGCUAUCUACGGUGUCGAUCCAAGAGACAACUACACCGAUGCUCAACGCGGAAGGACGCCUCCGCCGGGAGGCUAUGCUCAAUUUCUCACCACAAAGGCCAGCUUGAACAAUGCAACGUUUGGUAUCCCGUGGAACAGCUUUUGGGCUCUCGCCAACGCUGAAAACCAAUCCCAGCUUCGUGCAUUAAUAACGUUGAUCGAGAGGGCGGGCGGUAAGAUUGUUAAUCUCACCGAGAUUACCGAUCACGAGAACGUCGUGAAUAAGGCAGGCUGGGACUGGGACUGGCAAGGCAAAAAAGGCCACCCUGAAAAGUCAGAGUAUACCGUCGUCAAGGUCGACUUCUACAACAACAUCAAGAAAUACCUCUCCGAACUCCAGAACACAAAGAUUCGGUCGCUCAAGGAUAUUAUUCAGUUCAACUAUGACAACGACGGAGUCGAAGGGGGGCAUCCUUACAAUGGGAGCUUCACCGUCUCCGGACGUUACAACGUGUAUCAUGGCCUCCCAGCUUUUCGGACCGGGCAAGAUGGUUUCUUAAUGUCUGACCAGACGCAAGGCAUUCAAAACGACGUCUAUUGGAGGGCACUCGACUACAUGCAGAACACCACACGUGUCGGUAUCGACGGCGCGCUGAGCUACAAUGGGACACGACUUUCAGGCUUGCUCGUGCCUGUCUCCGUAGCCCAGACGUAUCAGAUCGCGGCACAGGCUGGGUACCCAAUGAUCACAAUUCCAGCGGGAGUAGAUCCUGGCACCGGCAUGCCUUUCGGGCUGGGAAUAAUGCAGAGUGCGUUUGCGGAAGAGGAACUUGUACGAUGGGCCAGCGCCAUUGAAGACUUGCAGCUGACCUCGGGUACGGAGCUCAAGAGAACGCGGCCAAAAUGGUUGAAAUACAUGGAGAAGCCUAUUCCUAUCAGUCGGGAGCCAAGGGGGAACUGA